AUGCCUAACCAGAUCAAAGACCUCUACAAAAUCGAUCAAACAUCGUUUGAUUACAUCUACGAGGAGAAUGUAAACGUGCCUCUCAAAGACGACAAGGGUCUGGUAAGAUGCAAUGUUUACCGACCAAAAGAGACUGGCAAGCAAUAUCCGGUGUUGGUGACAUAUGGUCCAUACGGCAAGGAUAUCCACUACAGCCAUUUCCAUGCAGAUUCCUUUAAUGAGGUGCCUGAGGAGCAUCAUUCACCACAUUCCGCAUGGGAAACACCAGACCCCGGGUUUUGGACCAGGAACGAGUAUGCUAUCGUGCGAGCAGACGAGAGAGGAUUAGGUCAAUCACCCGGCGUACUCAAUACUAUGUCUCGAGGAACGAGCGAAGCAUUUUUUGAUGUGAUUGAAUGGGCGGCAAGCCAACCAUGGUCCAACGGCAAAGUCGGACUUCUUGGAAUAAGUUAUUAUGCUGGCAGUCAGUGGAGAGUUGCCGCACGCCAGCCGAAAGGACUGGCAUGCAUCAUCCCUUGGGAAGGUAUGUCCGAUUACUAUCGGGAUCGGUGUCGCCAUGGAGGUAUUCUCUCAAAUACGUUCAUCAAGUUUUGGUGGAACCGACAGGUAAUCACUAACCAAUACGGAAGACCUGGGAGAGCGGCUAGAAAUUGGGGAUUUGACACCAUUGAAGGCGAUCUGUCAGAAGAAGAGCUGCUUUCCAACCUUCGAGAUCAAACGGCAGACAACGAGAAGUAUCGUUUUCUCGAUGAGGACUACUACGCUUCAAAGGACUACGACAUGGGUGACAUCAAAGUGCCAAUUCUGUCCGUUGGAAAUUGGGGUGGGAUUUUACUACAUUUACGAGGCAACGUCGAAGGAUAUUUGAAUGCUGGUUCGGACUUGAAAUACCUGAGAUUUCUUACGGGUCGCCAUGAUUUGCCCUUUUAUGGAAAGGAGAACGUUGAAAUGCAGAAAAGUUUUCUAGACGCAUUCCUGAAAGAUCACGAUACCCAGGGCUGGACUACUGGGAAAGCACCGAAGGUCGGCUUAGUCCUGCGUAAAGGAGACGUCGGCUACAACGAUGUCGAGGCCGAAAAGCACUAUCCGCAACGAUUUGAGAACGAGUGGCCGAUUGCACGGACGCAGUACACCAAAUACUUUCUUACGCCAGAUCGGCAAAUAGUUGAGUCUCAACCCGACAAGACUGAGCAAUCUCAGGUGUCGUACAAAGCUUUGGGAACCCUCAAGGAGCCCCAGCUGGUUCAGUUCACGUCCAAGCCAUUCCAACAAGAGACCGAGAUCACUGGACACAUAGUCGCUCAUCUCAAUGUCUCCUUGUCGGCCAUCUCGAACACUGCUAUAGCACCUACAGAAUUGGAUCUUUUCCUAACUAUACGACAUUUGGACUCGACAGGCAAAGAAAUAUUCUACACAGGUACUGUUGGAGACCCCGUGCCAAUAACCAAAGGCUGGCUCAGGGUCAGCUUACGCAAAACUGAGCCGAAGCAUCCACGAUCCAAGCCCUGGCACCCCCACCGGGAAUAUCGAUCCACGGACGUUCUCCCGGUUAAGACUGGGGAGGUUUAUGGGGUAGAUGUGGAGAUUUGGCCGACUAAUGUUGUGGUGGGCAAGGGUAACCGUCUAGUACUUGAGGUGUCCUCCGGGGAUACGCAGGGCGCCGGCCUUUUCGAGCAUAAUUCGGACGUCGAUCGGCCUCGGGAGUCGUUGGAGGGCCUGAAUCAUAUCAACUUCGGCCCCGACCACGACAACUUCGUACUAUUACCUAUCAUCCCGAGUCCGUGA